CUUAGGGUGCAGACGUUUUUGUUGUUGAAAAAAAAAAAGUGAAAUUGCAAAUAAAAAUGCGGUUGUCCAGUGCGAGGCGCGACGCAAGUCGUCCCGCCUCCGUUUGAUUUGUAUGGAGCUUGGAACCGAGCGAAAAGUGAACAGUCACCCAUUCAGAUGUGUUUUGUUAUCUAGCUCGAACGCACGUGUGCUCUGUUACUGUAUCUACACUGUGUCCCAUUUGUGCGAACUGUCUGUGCUCUUAAACUUUGAGAAGGUACACGCAUUAGAGGAGUUUGUUUACGAUAUUUCCUAAACAGGAGUGUAAUAAUUAAUUAAGAGCAGCGUUUGCAGCAAUAUUGAAAUGAUUGUCGCAAAACUUUAAAUCUACAUGUCAAGAAGGAAUACGAUAGCACUCCGCAGUAAGAGAUUAAACGAAAGUGAAGAAUUUAAAACUGUGAGAUCGAGGACUAGCCGGUCCUUGAUGUACUCGACAAGUUACAAUAUUUGCACCAAAAAACUCUGUAUAUCUAAGAAACCCUGUCGCUAUUCUGCGAGAGAUCCAAGAUUAAGACAUUGGUCUAGAGAAUUCAUUAUUUCGUCAACGUAGAAGCCAUUGUAUAUUCACAUUUGGUAGUUCGUUGUCUUUUGAAGAUUUAUUUAGAGCUUCCCCGCAGUACGUAACCGGAAGCGUGUUAUUUUAAAAGUCCCAUAAGCGACUAAUGGACUCUCAAAGAGCCUACUCAAAUGGAGUUCCAGGUAAAGAGAAAUCAAUCAAAUAUGAACACAAAGUACCGUCUGAAGAGGAGAAGACUACGUCUCCACUCCUUAGCAAAGUGAAUGACCUUAAGUAUAUAGACGCAGAAAAAGAUGAAAGAUAUGGCGUAAGAGAUAUAGAUAAACCUAAAAAUGAUCUCAACAAAGUCAAUUCUAUGAAAACGGACACUGAACAGACUAAAGAUAGUCUCAGUGUAAGUUAUCAGAAAAACCAGAAAAGUGAUGAUGAUGCGAUCUCGAAUAAUGAUGGAGUCAAAUUUUUGGGAUUGGGAGAUGGUGACAGUAUUUGUUCCAGUAAGCCGCCCCCGGAACAAGCCCCCCAGAUACCAGAUGGUGGAUGGGGAUGGGUGGUCGUAGCCGCAUCUUUCUUAAUUGCUACUGUAGCAGAUGGACUGGCAUUUUCUUAUGGGUUGAUGCACAAAAAAUUCGUUGAAUAUUUUGACCAGAGUGAAGCAAAAACUUCUCUUAUUGGCAGUUUGUUUAUUUCCGUUCCCCUCAUAUUAGGGCCUAUUAUGAGUGCGCUAGUAGAUCGAUAUGGAUGCAAGUAUAUGACGAUUCUAGGCGGAGUGGCAUCUACAAUUGGUUUUGUGGCUGCAUCUUAUAGUAAUUCUGUUGAAGUCUUAUGUGUUACUUACGGACUCAUGGCUGGUGUUGGUAUGGGCCUCCUAUACGUUACAGCCGUAGUUUCCAUAGCUUAUUGGUUUGAAAAGAGACGUAAUUUAGCUGUGGGAUUAGGAUCAUGUGGAGUUGGAUUUGGAACUUUUGUAUAUUCCCCUCUUACUACUUAUCUAUUAGAUGAAUAUGGAUGGAGAGGUGCCUUAUUACUCCUCGCUGGUACUGUACUUAAUGUGUGUGUUUGUGGUGCUGUUAUGAGAGACCCUGAGUGGUUAAUCUUAGAACAAAAGAAACAGAGAAAAUUGAAUCAAGCAAAGAAAGCAUCUAGUUCCGUUUCUAUAUCAGCGAAGUCUGGCGGUGGGGAAUCUAUGUAUCCUGGUGUUGAGGAAUUAAAGACACUAAUGAAAAGUGGUAAAACUCCUGAAUAUAUUCUAACAGACCUUAUUACUUCGAUUGCUCAACAAGAGAAUCUGGAAGCAGCAACUAAAAGAAAUACAGAUAUGUCACAGCAGAAAGUUAGUUCUGUCAUCAAUUUACCAACGUACUUGCGACAGAGUGAAAAGGUUCCAGCUGAAGUAUUAGAUCUAAUUACAUCAAACAAACGUCUGUAUAACGUAGUGUUACAAAACUACCCAUCUUUAUUAGCUUUAAGAAGCAAUUCAGAACAGAAGCUACCUAUCGAGGCACCUUCUGAAGCUUCUAAAGGUAAUCCAGUAACAAUGUCAAUGAAAUUGAAACUGAAUAAAAAAGACAAGAAAGACUUUGAAAAGAAAUUAGAGAAAGUAAGAGAGAAACUUCUUCAGCCCAUUCCGGAGAACAAGGAAACAGCCUGCUCGAGACAGGAUUGGUUUACGAGACAGCUUUAUACCGAUCACCAUUAUCUGAGGGAUUUAAGGGUCCACAGAAAUUCUAUAAUGCAUCGAGGCGCUAUGAUGAAUAUUGCAAAAUAUAAGCUGCGUGCAUCGUCGUGUCCGGAUAUUUAUAAAAAUUCUAUGUGGUCAAUGGAAGAUCAGGAAGAAAAGACAUGGCGAAGACGCUUACUGAAUAUGAUAAUCAAGACUUUUGAUUUCAACAUGUUCACCGAGUUCCACUUCCUCAUGAUGAAUAUAUCUACUCUAAUAUUAUUCAUCUGGUUCAUCGUGCCGUACUUUUAUAUCUCCGCAUUCAUGCAAAUGAAUGGAUACGCCAAGGCUGAUGGCUCGUGGAUGCUUUCGCUGUUUGGUGUUGCCAGUAUUAUUGGGAUUGUGGGCCUUGGUUGGAUAGGCGAUUUGCCGUGGGUGAACAUUACCAAAACUUACGCACUGUGCUUGGUAAUUUGUGGUGUCAACAUAAUUCUCUUUCCUAUACUGAUUGGACUACUGGAUGCGCGGCAGCCUCAUAGUUUCUACGUAUUAGCUGUGAACGCGGUUAUGUUCGGCCUUAUGUUCUCCAGUUCCUACUCUUACACCCCAAGUAUCCUGGUGGAACUGAUUGCAUUGGAGCGCUUCACGAUGGCGUACGGUCUGGUGCUGCUCAGCCAGGGUGUGGGGCAUUUAAUUGGACCACCUAUGGCUGGUGCACUUCGGGACGCUACCGGUUAUUGGGACGCCGCGUUCUACGUAGCUGGCAUCUGGGUGGUAAUAUCUGGUCUAUUAGUCGGUGUGAUACCGUACACGAAGAACUUCCGUAUGUGUGGUAACGCACCGCUCGCUAAAGACGUCGCCAGCGACCCGGACCCAAGUGUUAGGAUUAUUAUAGCUCACUAACUUAUAUUCUAUACUUCAUUUAACAUCUUUGGCAGAAAAAUAAAAAAUGUUUCGACCCUUGGAACAUACUAGAAAAAUCAUUGUAGCUCUAAGACUUCAAUGUUUGGAGACCCUUGAUGUAAGUGAUGUAGUAUUUGUUUUUAAUAAUCAAUUAUACAAAAUAAAAUAUUUCAGAUUAUAAUUCAAAUAUUAUUUUUUAAUUAAUUUAUUCAAAAUACUUAUAACAGAUAAUACAAUUGAUAUUGCUUGGGAUUUAACGAAUUCAGCUAUAUAUAAACAAGUAUCUCAAUGGAAGGUACGUGAUACCUACCAUGCCACUCUUAUGACUGUCAACUGCGAUAAAUCAUAUUGUGACAUAUUGGGAAUUUUAAUCAAGAUAUAAUCUGUGAUGCAUAUGAUUAUAUGGCACCCACAGAUAUAAUUAUUAUAGUAUUUUUUGUUCUAUCAUUAAAUAAAAUCUUUUUAAAUGAAUAAUUUCAGGAAUAUUUAUUAUUAACAAAUUAUGCAAAGACUACUACAUUUUGGAAUAAAGUUUUUAGAUAGAAAAUUUAAACAAAAUGAUUGCAAAAAUUACAGCGACUUAGCGUAAUUCAAUAUUAAAAUAGUGUCUUAUAUGAUGACUUUGACUAUAUUUGAUUUGAUGAUCUAAUUGUAUGAAAUUUAUUGUACGUAGGUACAAUGUUAUGUCACAUUUCAUAUAUGUGUUUUUGAAAUAAAAUUAGAAGAGAUAACAAUAAACGUUGUGACAGUAUGUUUAUUUAAGAGAUUUUGUAGACAUAUUUAUUUAAUUAUCCUUUAUGAGAAUUAUGUAUUAAUAAAAAUGGUGAUAGAGUUAUUUAUACCUUUUAAAGUUUUUGUGAUGUGCGAGGUGUUGUCGACCUUUUAAUGUUUUUUUUUUUAUAGAUCUUUAAAAUCAUUGGUAUAUAAGUAUGCAUUGGCCUAGAAAUAUUGUCGUAAGUUGUUUAAAAAAACAAAAUUGUGUUCUGUCCAUUUCUAAAAGUUUUUACUCAUAUAUAACCACUUGUAUCCGGUCCUAACCGGUUUAUUUUAUAAUUCAUGUAUUAGAUUAGAUACAUUUGAUUCGCGUGAAUUUAGUUUAGUUAUUUUAGUAUUUAUUUAUAGCCUCCUAAGGAGGGUAUUACAUUGUAUUGACAUUUAGAAAUAAGUUUUAUGACUUUAAUUAAUAUUAUUAAUGGUAGCGUUUGAAAUAUGUCGAGACUACGUAUGAAAUAUAAAUGAAUCGUUCUGUCCUUAGGAAUACCUAUUCACUAAAUCAAUAUUAAUAUAGUUUCUUUUUUUCUUUGUCUGUCUUUUAUAAUAAAUAUAUAUUCAAAUCAACAAAAUAUAUAGUACAUCUAGUUUGGUGCUUGCUUGCCUACCUAUGAUUAAUUUCAAAUUAAUUAUAAAUAUUUAUUAGCCGCCACUUGACCCGCGUGAUCGGCAUUAUUGAUUAACUUGAACGAAACGUAGCCUAAUUUCCUUGUCCUUGGCAAAUAUUACGUGCAUUCCAAGUUUUAUGAUGAUUGGUAGAACCGUUGUGACCCUAAGACGAUAUCAACAAAUUCAAUUUCAUAUUUAUAAUAUGUAGUUAGCUUGAUAGAUAUGAAUAUGGAAAAAAUACUUUCUACACGGCAUUUGUAGACCACAAUAUCCGUAUGUCCGAUGUAUAUCCGAUGGUAGCGGAUUCUAUUCCUUGCAUGGUGCAAGCAUUUAUAUCUAUGAGUAUGAUUGUUUGUAUUGUUUUGGGUGUUUUCUGUAUAUUAUUAUAUAUGUAUUUAUAAAAACAAUAAUGGCACUAUGUGAAUUUUCCUGGGUUAUUAUUUUUUUCGUAAUAAAAAUAAAUUUAAUUGUCAGUUACAAGAGUGCUAAAAUAUGUGCAUAUAGAGAAAAUGUGAAUAGGUAUUUCGAGGUUAGAUAAUUUAUCUGUGUAAGUAGCUAAUACAAGAGUUUGGUAACGAGUGAUAAUAUAGGUAAUUUGACUGUAUCCUAACUGCAUAUCAAUGGUAAAUAAAUAUAUACUUGCCAUUUGAAACACCGAUAGAUAAUAGCGUAAUGAGAUGAAUUUAUUUUUGUAAUGAUAUCUUCAAAGUAUUGUAGAAACUAAGUUUGUUGAAUGAAUCUACUUACCUGCCUAUUUUGUGUCAAGGUAAUACAUAUAAUUUUAUGUACGUGCCUUUAAACUACUGAAUAAAGU